UCAUCCUUUGCGACUCCUAAGCAUCGUCACCACUUUUCUCAACUUCUUCUGGCAUCUUUUGAUAGGUCGCCUAUGCGCAGAGCAUGAGCACAGCUUCGAAGGUGCGGUAGGACCUGGAGAUUGCCGGUCGGCUCUGCCUGCUUGUGGCCAACAGCAUCAGACAUGCAGUCCUCGAUCCCUUUGCACCCACUACGAGAGGACACGGAUCGGCAAGCGCAGAGGACACUAGAAACCAGCAAUGCUAGGGAUGUAUCUGUACUGCAGGAACGACCCCGACGGCGUGCAGGUGCUGGCGUCGAAGCCGUUCGGAGGGGGGAGCACGCGGGGGCUGAAUCCUCGAUUGAUCCAGAGCGAGAGGCGAGGCGACAGCGAUUCGAGAGCUCGACAAGCAAAGGGACUGCGCCGCAUGAACAGGAGACAAAGGAAGGCUCACCCCACCUUGAGCCGCAAAAGCCCAAGAACAGCCUCAAUGCUCUGCGCUUGCUUCCUCCCAUGAUCGCGUGGACUGUGCCCGUGCUCACAAGCUGGGCAAAAUUCAAGCCAGUACUCCGCUCUGCCAUCGUAGCUUGGAUCUGCUUAUUGCUGAUGGUGAUCGAGCCCAUCGAGCGUCAACUCGGCAACGCGAGCUUCUUGCUGCUCGUCGGCGUCUUCAUUCAACCUUGCGAACUGCCAGUGGUGGCAGUGAUCGAGCGAGAAAUCUUCACACUGGGACUGCUGCUCAUCGCUUGGGCUUGGUCUUGCCUCGGCACGGCUAUCGCUGUUCAGGCCCGCACGUAUCAGUUGGCUCCGACGGAGGCUCCUUUGGCCUCCAUCUUCUCUGGAGAUUAUAUACAGGGCGGGGAAGCGGUCAUAUGCGGCUUCUUUCUGUCCAUCGGUGCUGCUGCUCUGCUCUACCUCAAGGUACGCUUCGGGCCCUCACCUUUCCUGUUUGCGGCGAUCCUGUCGUGCAUCUGCUUGGAUGUAGCGUUGGGUUAUCAACCCUUGUUUCCAUACCCUGAUUACAUGCUAGCCACGACCAUCAUCAAGCCACUGGCACUCAAGGCUGCGGUCAAUAUUGUCGUCGCGCUGUUCUUCUUCCCGAAGAGCGUCAACAGCAGCUUUGCCGACAAGCUCGUGGCAGUCCUGGCACCCAUGCGUGACGCAGCUAGGAGCCAAAUUGAACUGCUGCAGCAAAGUCCUCUGGAUCCUGACUUCAAUUUUACCCAAGUCCACGACCUGAUGACCAAGAGUGAAGGCGGGAUCUUGGCACUCGUUGGAGCUGGCCGGCUUCUCACCCGCGAAGUGAGCUUUGGCGUUGCGAGCGGACAGGAUUUGAGCAGUCUUAUCGCACUGGUUCGCGCCCUCAUGAGCCCUAUGGACGGCAUGGCCUACUAUUAUCGGCUCAUACGUGCAGAUAUGAAGCAUGACCGUUUUCCGCACCUUUGUCAACAGCCUGGCUUCGAGGAUGAGAGCCAUGGUCAGCAAAGUCGGCCUGCAUCGCGAGCCCCGAGCAGACCUGCCACGCCGGGAAUAGAAGGUCCGCAACCUUUUCAGGAUGUCUCGCACGCCGACAAGGCUGCCCACCGUCCAUCCUCUUUGGCGCCUUUUGCGGCUCGAGAGAAGGGCAGCUCCUCGACUUCCACUCCUCGUUCGUCGCAAGAUAGCUCCGGCAACACACGUCAGGCUCAUCACGGCGCGUUCCUACCGCGACUCGCUCACCUCCACCUUCCUAGAUCACGCCAUCAUAGUCCAGAGCCAGCUCCGAGGGUAGGGGCAUGGGAGGCUCUGCGAUACGCAGCGAUAGAGACGCAACUGCAUCGCGAAGCGCACAACAAGUUCACCGAGCAGUGCACUCGUUUGCUCGGCGAAACGACUUCCGAGCUGCUCGCUGCUCAAGCGGACGCUCUCGAUCACAUCCUUAGCUGGUUGGCGGACCUCAACCGCACUAGGCUGGCACUCUUGCGACGCAGGGUCUUGGGCAAAGUCAUCGGAGGGCUACCAAGUGCAGACGCAGAAAAGCGCAAGAGCUCACAAGAAGUAUUGGAGUCUUUGUCCAGCGCCCUUGAAAGGUUUCAUACGGCGCGUCUAGGCUUGAUUGAGCCUUUCAGAGCGACCAUUGAGUGCACGGGCAGUCCGGAGGAGAGACCUCCGCACCGUUACUUAUAUCAAGGAUUUGUGUUCCAGUUCCACACGGCACGCUUUGGCGAGAGGCUGAUCACCCUGUUGGAAGCGAUCGUCAAGAUGGAAGAGCGUCAAGAUGCGAUCGGUGGGCGCUUCUGGCUGCCCUCGCUACCUCACAUCUUCUCCGCGGAAGCGUGGCACUCCGAGGGUACUGCUGAUGGAGAGCAUGGGCAUGAUGAUGAAGAUCCUGCACACAUGGGUCCGGGCCACUCCUCCAUGCUAGGACGAACAAAGAGGCGCGAUCCUGAUGCGCUGGAACCACAAGGAGCUAUUCAACAAAUUGGCACUCGUGCCAGCACCUUCCUUCACACUCUCGGACGUGGCAACAUGCUCUUCUGCCUCAAGGCAGCCGCCGUCACGGCUUUUCUGAGCCUACCUCAGUUCAUGCGCAGCUCGGCCAGAUUCUGCUACGUCAAUAAAGCCGUCUGGAGCUUGUUCAUGGCACAGCUGACCAUGGCUAGGCAUCGAGGAGAGGUCGCAUUUGGUCUCGUAUCCAGACUCAUUGCCACCACUGCUGGUGCCGCGAUGGGGCUCGUCAUCUGGUACAUCGCAGCGCCUACAGGAUAUCACGCAUCCAGCCCUUACACGCUCAUGGUGACCGCCGCCGUAGCGUUUCCCAUCGUUAUGCUCGUCAGGCUAAACGCACCAGGGCCGCCCAUCACGUCCAUCAUCACGUGCGUGACUGUGGCUCUGGUGCUCGGUUACAGCCUCAAAGACUCCACCAAUCCCACGUUUGGUUUCCGCGGAGUAGGCUGGACUGUAGCCUGGCGCAGGUUCGUUGGUGUCCUCAUUGGCACAGGUGCAGCGCUGGUCAUGGCGAUACUGCCCCCUUCGAGCACUCUGAGGAAGUACCAGCGCCUGGGCCAUGCGGCGACAAUCUCUGAGCUCUGCCAACUCUACUGCGACGUCGUCGCGUACGCUUCGGCACCCCAUCAUCCCGAUCGAUCGCCCACAGAGCUGACAAAAAGGCUGCUGGCAACGAGGAGCAAGCUGCGAAGGCUUGCGCUGACUCGCUCCGUCGUCACUUACGAGUUUUCGCUGCGAGGCAAGUGGCCGGUCAAGCGGUACGAGGAAUUAUCAGCUGUCGCGAUGGAACUAUCGAAGCUGCUGUCGCACGCAGUCACCGUGACGGAGAAGUUAGGCGAAGGAUAUUCUGCCGCCCUUCUUCGAAAGACGCGUUUCUUGGAUCCGGGCUUCUUGGCAGAUUGCAUAUCCGUAUUGUCGCUGUGCGCAACUGCACUGCGGAGCGGCGAGCCUCUACCUCAAGUCAUGCCCGUGCUGAUGGAUAGACUGCUUGUCAGCGGCACGAGCUAUGAGCUCACAGACGUUUCCGACGAAGGCAAGGUCGCAUCCGACAACGUUGCCGCUUCAGAGAUGCAUACAGCGGAGUCUAUGGUCGGAGAUCCAAGUCCUCUAGCACACGACGCAUACAGAUUGCCAAAGCACGUCGACAUGGCUACACUUCAAUCGGAGCAGUAUCAAGCUUUUGCAGUAGGCAUGACCAUCGCUUUUGGCAUCGUGUUGCGCAUCGAUAAGCUUUGCAUGGCGACCAAGGCUCUCGUGGGGGAAAGUUAUCCCGUUCCUGCGGAUUGGAGUUCCAGUCGUAAUCAUUACGCGUUCAGCAAUCCGCCUCAUCGCUCAUAGUCGCGGACCUCUGCCAUGUACACUCGUAACUCUCCUCGGACCCUCCUUUGCGUUCUCGAGAUGCAGACGCAGACGCAGGAUAGCAAUGGUAGCAUGUCUGCAACUUGUAUAAUAAUAAAUUACUACACCUCACUAGGCUUACGCCUUGCACGUCCUUGGCGGCAAUCCUGUCAAAGAUCCAAGAGUCAGGCAGUGCCUGGUGGCAUCAUCAGUAGCUAAGACUGCGCUCGAUGAUUUGAGUGAGCUGCGCCUGGCCAUCCGAGCCACCAGUCACGUCGCCAAUGCCAGGUGCCAAGUCGAGAACACGACGCUGAGGAAUGGACCCUUUGACGAGGGC